CAUAGCUUCGUGCAAUAUUUGAAGAAUUUAGAAUAUGUUGAUUCAUCGAAGAAAUGUACUACAAACUUCGCUGGUACUCUAUUUUCUUCUGAGUUAUGACGGAGUUCAAGGAGAAAUGAAGCUGUCCAAACUAGAGGAACUAGCGUUGGAGAAGCAACUUAAACUUUUGAACAAACCGGCGGUCAAAACAAUCAAGACGGGAUGGGGGGUUACAUACGAUUGUGUGGAUUUCUACCAACAACUUGCAUUUGAUCAUCCAGCAUUGAAGAAUCACAAUUUUCAUCCCGAGAUGAAACCCACUUUAUCAACGAUAAAACAAAUAUCAAGUACCUCAACUAUUGAUAUAUCUUCAAGGAAAGUGUUAGAGAAUGGAGGUUGUCCGUCCGGAACUGUUCCCAUCAAAAGAGUUACCAGAGAUGAUCUUAUUAGACAAAGACGUAUGCCACCGCCAGAAAAUACUAACAACAUUCUUGAGACAACUGGAGGAUACAGGCGUGCAAUAGUUCAUACUCCAAAUGAUCCAAACAACAAAUUUGCGGGAGCUGGAAUGGUAGCUAGUAUAUGGAAUCCUUAUGUUGAAGGUCAACAAAAUAGUGUGUGCCGAUUGAAGAUUCAAAAAGGACAAGAUAGUAUGCAAGUUGGUUGGAGAGUGGAUCCAGCAUUAUAUGGAAAUAAUCAUACUAUGCUUUUUAUACAUUUCCAAGCUGGAAAUACACAUUGCUUCAACACACUAUGUCCUGGUUUUGUAAUAGUAAACAAUGACAUAUAUCUUGAUUCUGAAUUCGAACAUAUUACUCACCGAGGGGACGAUCAACAGUGGGAGUUUGUUAUGUACAUUGAUCGUGAUCUAGCAAAUGGAAAUUGGUGGCUUUUGAUUGGAGCUAAUCAGACAGCAGUUGGGUUUUGGCCUCCAGGAAUUUUCACAGCAUUAGCAAACGACUUUGCUACGAAUAUCGAGUGGGGAGGGGUGACAUAUACUCCACCAGGUGCACCUUAUCCUGCAAUGGGCUCUAGCUUUUUUCCUGAUCAAUAUCAACCAAAUCCUUCUCUUGAUGCUUAUUGUAGGGGACUUAUAGUUUUAGAUGAUAAAGGCGUGACGACAAAUGCAAAUAACACACCCAUAUUUAUUGAUAGUCGCUAUUUGUACCACGUUACUGAUGAACCAAAUUGGGGACCUGGACAGUUUCCGCAUUAUAUGUUUUACGGUGGACCUGAAACAAAGUACGUGCCCCCUUUGUAGAGUUGUUAUGUAGUGUAAGCUUUGGGCUGAAUGUUAUAAUUAGAGGGUUCGGCUCUGCUCCAUUACUUUUGGCUCCAAUAAACAUCAAUAUAAUUGCAGAUGGAUGACACG